AUGGCACUUUCAUUUGAUCCCUACAGUGAAGACUUCGACGCGGCGUCGCAUAUUUGGGCGGACGUCGCUCCGGUGCACCAGGAUGAUGGGCCCAACCCUCUUUGUCCAAUUAUGUACAGCCCCGAUUACUCGAAAGCCAUGGAUCUUCUCAGGGCACUGCUACCCCGUGGCGAGCUGUCAAUUCGAGCUCUGCAAUUGACCAAGCAUCUCGCGACGCUCAAUGCUAGCUCAUACACAGUCUGGGCAUGGAGGGCCAAGAUUCUGAGUGCCGACGAUGAUCACUCCCCAGGGGGCUUGGGACUGAAGGAAGAUAGACUCAGGAGAGACCUCAAGAAUUAUCAAGUGUGGCAGCACAGAAGACAGAUCCUGACCAUGCAGCUGCGACCAGAUCUCAGCAAGGAGCUCGCAUUCACGGCCGAGAUCUUCAAGGACGACGCAAAGAAUUACCAUACCUGGGCCUAUCGGGCGUGGCUGGUGUCGCACUUCGGUAUCACUCGCAUCUGGAAUGCAGAGCUUGUUUUCACCAGCGAAUUGAUUGCAGAUGACGCGAGGAACAACUCUGCCUGGAACCACCGGUGGCUAGUUCUGUUUGGCAGUGCGUGGGCGAGGUCACCAGGAGCCGGGCGAUAUGUAGGUGCAGACCUGGAGCAUGUUGUGGCCAAUGAAUCCAACUUCGCUCAAUCGCACAUUGCAAGGAUGCCCCACAACCAAAGCGCCUGGACAUAUCUGCGAGGGUGA